AUGCAGGGAAGACAGGCCCAUGCCCCUGGCGCAACUUACCUCGCAUACACACCGAACGGAAAGAAGCUCAUUACAGCCGGAGUUGACAACUACUGCCGCGUGUUCAGUACCGGAUCCGACGACGAGCCUGUUACAGUAGACAACUGCCAAGAAGACAAUACAACGAUAGUAGCUGGUAGCGGCUUCUUCAUCACGGGAUCCGAGGAUGGUACAGUGAGCAAGUACACACUCGACGGGAAUAAAUUCGAGGAAAUAUUGGACAGAGCCACUCUGCCCAUACGAGAUGUGGCACUGAGUCCAGACGGACAGUGGAUUGCUGUCGCGAGCGAACGGACCUUACGCGACCAGCCUCGAGCUGUGAAACAUGUGUCCUUCGAUAAGACGGGCAAGCAGCUCGCUGUUUCCUGCGCUGACGGCAACAUCUACAUGUACUCUCUGGAGGAAGAUCAACCUGAAAUGGUCAAGAAGAUUGACGGCAUGAUCAAGAGUCUGGAAACAGACGCGGAAUCUAGCUCGAGGGUGCUAUGGCAUCCGGACGGCAGAGCGUUCGCUACACCAACAGCGCUGCGGGAUGUCCAGGUCAUGUCCACAAGCGACUGGGAACGGCAAAGGGUCUUCAAGACUGGCCAUAGUGCAGACAUUACAGCAGCCGCUUGGUCGCCGAAUGGUGCUCUUCUGGCAACAACCUCAAGUGACUUGAACCUCAGUCUCUGGGACACCAAGACACAGAAGAUGCUAAAGAAGUUCGACGAUGUGAAGGCUACCAUUCUUGCAAUGGCAUGGCAUCCAACAGAGAAUAUCUUGUCCUACACCAACAACGAAGGCGAACUGUUUAUCCACACAGGCUUUGUGCCCGAAGACCAGCUACCGCUGCUACAAAAGCCUACCGUAUCAGCACCCUUCUUCCACGACCCUGCAGGUGGCCGUGCUGGAGUUGCCCCGGCACCAGAUAAAGUUGCAAAUGACGAUUUGCUCGGCCCUGACUUCAGGGACGACGAAGCGGAUGAAGACGGCGACGAAGAGAUGAACGAUUUUGUAGUUGACGACGAUGGUGCUGGCUAUGCACCUGCUCUGAAUGGCCAUGGCAAGCGUCCGAAUGUCCACAUUGCCAACGGCAUAGAGCCCUCCUCCAAACGGCGAGCUACAAGUAGUGCCAUGUUCCGCCCACAAGUCCAUGAGCCCUUCCAGCCCGGUGCAACACCAUGGCGAGGCAAUCGAAGACUCCUUUGCUGCUCUUUAACUGGAUACGUUGAAACUGUCUCGCAAGAAGGCCGACAUCACACUGUGUCCGUCAAGUUCUACGACGAACACACUUUCCGCAACUUCCACUUUACUGACAUCUUCCUUUACGAUAAAGCGUGUCUUAACGAAAACGGCACACUCUUCGCCUGCCAACCGAACAGCACUGGCGACGGAAACCCAGGCAUGAUCUACUACCGACCACACGAGACCUGGACUACCCGAACAGAGUGGCGCACGAACCUACCAGCUGGUGAGUCCGUGACUGCCAUCGCUCUCUCAGACUCCUACGUCUGCGUCACAACCUCCGCCAACUACGUCCGCAUCUUCUCCCUCUUCGGCCUCCCCAUCCGCGUCUACCGCCAAAAGUCCAGCCCAGCCGUAACCUGCGCAGCAUGGCGCGACUACAUCCUCACCAUCGGCAACGGACCCAUUCAAUCCGACCUCAGUACGCAGCUCCUCUACACCAUCGAAAACAUCAAACACGACACCAUCUACCAAGACUCGGACAUUCUCGCCCUCCCACCCAAUACCCAGCUCACAUCCGUCUUCUUCUCAGCCGAAGGCGAUCCCUACAUCUACGACUCUUCGGGUGUCCUCCUAACCUGCCUUGGCUGGCGCACCGCCGGCCAGGCCCGCUGGGUCCCCAUGCUCGACACAAAGUGCCUCAGCCGUCUUGCCUCGGGAGGCAAAGAAGAAUCAUACUGGCCCGUGGGCGUCGCGUCCGACUCGAGUUCGGCCACAGACAUCAAAUUCCACUGCAUGAUCAUCAAGGGCAAAGAGACAUACCCCUCCGCGCCCGUCCCGCACCUGUCUGAAUUCGGCUUCGAAAUCCCGCUCAGCAGCGCCGUCGAAAAGAAGAAGAACGCGCCCGAGGAGGAAGGGAGCGAUGAUGAAGACGGCAGCGCUGCUGCGAAGAAGAGCGAGGCGAAACAGCAGGAUCACGAACAGGCUUUCAUCCUGUCGUCUACCUUGCACUCGCAACUCUCUUCGACCAUCCAAGCGACUCGUCCCUCGCCCGCGCAGCGCCAGGACCUGACGAACUUGGAAGUCGCGAUUGAUCGGGCGCUGCUGCAAUUGCUGGGCUUGGAGUGUCUGGCCGGCGAGGAUCAUGGCAUGAAGGCGUUGGAGAUUGUCAGUUUGAUGAGGGAUGCGAAUGGCAAGAUGCUGGAUUUAGCGGGCAAGGUCGCGGCGAGGUAUGGGAGGGAUGUGCUGGGUGAGAAGAUAAGGGAGCUGGCGGAGAAGAAGGCCAUGGAGAGGGUCGAGGAUAUUGAGGAUGAUUAUUAG